UUAUACAAAUAGAAUGAAUUAUUUUUAAGUGCUAUUUAUUUUUUUAACCAAUGUAUAUAUUUGUAAUGUUAUUAGUAAUUAUUGUUAAUUAACAAUGUCAAGAAAAAAGAAAAAAGAAGCUUGGGCUGAAAAUGGACUGGAAGACUGGGGAUCUUAUAUGGCUGCAAAAAAAGCCAAGCUUGAAGACCAAUUUCAAGAAGCAGCUGAAAGUGAAUUUUCUCAUGCAACAGAUCUCUUUCGUGGCAUAGCUAUUUUUGUAAAUGGUUAUACUAACCCUUGUGCUGAUGAAUUAAAACGUUUGAUGAUGGAAUAUGGAGGAAUAUAUCAUCAUUACCUUCGGUCUGGUGCUACCACUCACUUGAUAGCUUCAAACUUGCCUUACUCUAAAAUAAUUCAGUACCGAAAAAGUAAAAAUCCACUUCCACUAUGUAAACCUGAGUGGAUUACUGACAGUAUUAAAGCCAAUAAAUUAUUAGAUUGGAGGCCUUACCUUCUAUAUAAUCAAUCAUCUAUAACUCAACCCCAGUUAAAAAUGGGUAGUAAAUCAAAUCAAAAUUGUACAAAAGAAACUCAGUUAAAUAAUAUUAAAGAGGUUCAAGAUGUUAGCGGGCCUUCUAACUCUAUUAAAUUAGUAAAUGACAUAUCAAAGUCAACAAAUCUCAAAGAAGAAACUUUUAAAAUUGUAAAUACAAAUAUGCCUAACGUAGCUGUUAAAGAACAAAAGUCUCAUGGAGCAGCUUUAUGUUCUAAAAAUGAAGAGUUUCUGACAGAAUUUUACAACAACUCUCGUUUACAUCAUAUAUCAACAAUGGGAGCUACUUUCAAAGAAUACGUAAAUGAACUACGAUCUAAAAAUACUGGAUCUUUUCCUGGUUUAGAACGUCUGAAGGAGCUGAGUGAGUCGCAAAGAAAGCUUUCUGUAAUUCAGAAAGAUCUUGACUCUUCUGAUGAGGAUAUCUUUGAUCCUCCAGUGAGAUUAAACCACCCAUUAGAAGAGAAAGAUAAAAAAGAAUCGAUAAUAAUGCACAUAGACAUGGAUUGCUUUUUUGUUUCUGUUGGAAUAAGGAAUAAGCCUGAAUUAAAAGGAUUACCUAUCGCUGUCACCCACGCCAGAGGAAAUAAACCAGCUAUUCUCUCUAACAUCAAUGAUGAAGAAUUCAUUUCAAUGGCAGAAAUAGCUUCUUGUUCUUACGAAGCAAGGAAAGCUGGGAUAAAAAAUGGAAUGUUUCUUGGACAAGCUUUAAAGCUUUGCCCUAAUUUAAAGACAAUUAAAUACGAUUUUGAGGGAUAUAAGGAAGUUUCUUAUAUUCUUUAUAACACUGUCGCUUCUUAUACAUUGGACAUUGAAGCCGUUAGUUGUGAUGAGAUGUACGCUGAUAUCUCUUUAAUCCUCCAGCAAUGUAAUUUAACUCCUCUAGAAUUUGCUGCAAUAAUCAGAGAGGAAAUUAAACAAAAAACUGGUUGUCCUGUAUCUACUGGGUUUGGUAGUAAUAAACUGCAAGCAAGAUUAGCAACAAAAAAAGCUAAGCCUGAUGGACAAUUUUAUUUAAGACCGGAAGAUGUGAGAGCUUACAUAGGAGCAAUAAAGGUUCAAGAUAUUCCUGGAGUUGGUUAUUCGACUAUGCAUCAAUUGAGAAAUAUGAAUGUAAAAAUCUGCUACGAUUUGCAGGAAAUACCUCUUAAUACUUUGCAGAAAGAAUUUGGAAAGAAGACAGGGGAAAUGUUGUAUAAUACAUGUAGAGGUAUUGAUUAUUCAAAACUCAGCAUAGAGCAUAUAAGAAAGUCUGUUUCAGCGGAAGUUAAUUAUGGAAUUCGUUUCGAGAAUGAUCAGGAUGCCCGGGAAUUUUUAAAAAAACUUUCCACCGAAGUUGGUAACAGAUUGAUGAAAGCCAAUGCCAAAGGGAGAUGUAUUACAUUAAAAUUAAUGGUAAGAGCUAAAAAUGCUCCAAAAGAUCCAGCUAAAUUUAUGGGUCAUGGAAUUUGUGAUAACUUUACAAAGUCAAAAAAUCUUUUAGUAGCAGUUGAUGAUGAAAUAGUUAUUACCAGAGAAGCUCUAAGUUUAUGGGAACAAAUGCAGCAACCUGCUGAUGAUAUUCGUGGAAUUGGAAUUCAAAUUUCGAGAUUAGAGAUACCGAAAAAAAUUACCGAUACUUCUAUGGUGAAGUUUAUCGCCAAAGGGAAGACAUCUGCACGAGAAAUUAUAAAUAACGAGCUGAAAAAACCAGAACAAAAAAUUAAUACGCUUAAAGAAGCCUCAAGCGAACCGAAAAUAAUUGAAAGAAAAAAUAAUGAUAUUAAUAUAAAAACUAAUGGUAGUAAUGAGAAAAAAACUGAAUCAAAUGUGCAAAAACCUCAAGGUCUUGAUGCUUACUUUAAAGUUAAAAAACCUUCAACAUCUUACUCAAAACCAUCAUCUAGUCGAUUUCCAGCACCUACUGAAAUAGAUAAAGCAGUACUCAAUGAAUUACCUGAAGAUAUAAGGAUGGAAAUAAUAAAUUAUCAUAAAAAUGAAGUUGUUUUAAAUUCAGAAGAUAAAAAUAAUAAAUUAGAUGAUUGUUUAAAAUCCUUAGAACCUGUUGAACAGUGUAAUAGUGCAAUUAAAAAUAAUCAUAGUCAUUUUGAGAAUAAAAUUACUACUCCAGAGGUUGAUAGCGAUGAUGAAAUCAUUCCAUGUUCUCAACAAAUUGAUACAAAUGUUUCAACAAAGCUUUCUGGAAACUGCAAAACUAAAGAAUUAGCUUUGAAACAGGUAAAAAAGAAACUUCCACAGGCUACAGAUUAUUUUAAAGAAGUAAAACCUCGAGCAUUUACUAAACCAAACUUGCCGAAUGUUAAGGAGAUUGACAUGCAAGUAUUGAUUGAAUUGCCUGAUGAUAUUCGUAAUGAAAUACUAAAUCAUUAUAAAUCAAGUAAUAAUGAGAAAGACGGAGGGCAAACUAGUGAAGUUGAUAUAAAAGCUACCAGUGCAAUAAACAGUAUUAAUGUAAUUAAAAGUUCUAGUAAUGAAAAAGCUAAAGAUCGUGAAAAGUCUUCAGAGGAAGUAAGAAAACCAAUUCAUGAGAUGAGUGUUUCUUUUUCACAAGUUGAUCCAGAUUUUUUAGCUGGUUUAUCUGAAGAUAUCAAGAAUGAUGUCAAAAUGUAUUGUAUGGCCAAAAAAAGAGAAAAAGAAAUAAAAAUGAAAAAGCCAUUAACUGAAGAAGCAACGACGUCUAAUGGAUUUAUUAAACCAAUGCAAAAUAUACUCCCUAUAAAGCGAAGAGGUCGUAAGCCGAAAAAUAUGAAAAUUGUAAAUGAUCAAAUUCAUCAAUCAAAAGUUAUUAAUAAUACCAAAAAUCAUGUUCAAACUUUGAAAGGAAAAAAGAAGGCAGCUGAUAAUAAAAAGAAAAUUAAUGGUAGUGAUAUUGCAUUAUCUAAACGAAGAAGUUUUUUAGAAAAUGAAAUAAGUAUCUUACAAGACGACAUUAUGAUUGAUGAUAAAGGGGAAGCUAUUAAAUCACAUCAAUUGAAUUUUCAAGGAUGGAAUAUAAAAAAUGAACAUCAAGAAAUGUUAACAAAUUUAGUAAACUACCUCUUUAGUCUUCCAUUAUAUCAAGUAAAAAAUCAAAUACAAACGUGGAUCGCAAAUUCUACUCAUGUCAAUGACAUAGACACUUUAUCAAUCGCAACUUUUCUUAGCAUGCUUCCAAAAGAAAGGCGUAUAGAGGACUUGCAUAUUUUAAUGAAAACCAUGUACAGAUGUAUGACCAAAAGUGGAAGUUGCGUUUGGCAUGAAACCUAUAGGAAAUCUGUUGAGCAUGUUCAACAUUAUAUGCAAAUCGAGUACAACAGCAAUUUAAUGUUACCAUCAAUAAAAUGUAACAUUUGCGGAUGCAAAAAUUAAUCAUGGAUGAUGUGUUUUCUCAUUUGUUUUGAAUAAAUUAUUAUUUUAUACAAUUGA